AUGUCCUACGACGCCAUAUUCCCGUCGCGCGUCGCGGCGCAUCACCAAUCCUCCGCGCGCGUGUCGCUCCAGCCGCACCACUCCCCUGGCGGAAGGAACCGCGCGCAGGCGCAAGCAUGCCGCGGGGACGGGCACGCGGAGAUCGCGUCGUGCGGGGAGAAUAGCUCCGACGGCGCGUGGAACAGUAGGCGACGCGUGGUCGUAGCUUCUAGAAACCCGGUAAAGAUUAACGCCGCGGGGGAGGCGCUCCGGCGGCUGUUCCCCCACGAGUCGUUCGAGUUAGAGGGCUUUCCGGCCGACUCGGGCGUGUCGGACCAGCCGAUGGGCGACGCGGAGACUCUCACGGGCGCGCGGAACCGCCUGCUUCACGUGGCGCGCAGCAGCGCGGCGGAAGGCGCGGAUUUCGUGGUUGCGAUCGAGGGGGGAGUGGAGUGGUGUCGGUUCUCCGAUCCCCCCCAGCUCAUGUGCUUCGCAUGGGCUGUCGUACUCUCCACGUCCGCGCGCGCGGACGACGAGGCGGAGGCGGACGGCGCGGUGGUCGGCGGAAGCGGGGAGGGCGGAGGCGCGGCUCCCGGAGCGGGGAACGGGAGACAGCAGCAGGGGAGGGGAGUGGGGGAAGCGACAGGGGGCGGGGGCGGGGGCGGGGAAGGGUUGGCGGGGAGGAGAGGAGGCGCGGCGCUUGGGGGAGUAAACGGGGGGAGAGGUGCGGGGGGAAGCUUAGCGGGAGGCGGAGGGAACGCGAUUUCGGGGGAGGCGAGAGCGCGGACGGCCGCGUUCAUGCUUCCUCCACCACUGGCGGAACUGGUGCAAGGGGAGAAGUGGGAACGUGCAGGAGGGGAAGGGAAAAGAGUGGCUGGGGAGGCGGGGUAA